GUCACACAACCUUUUUCGUCAGUUACCGUCGCACUUUGUUGGCGUCUGUUAACAAUUGCUAUUUGCUACUGUCUCAAAACACACUCACAAAACAAACCCAUUCCAUCACCUCACUGUCCAAACCCUAAUCCCAUCCUAUGCUGCUACACUGACCCAACUCUUUCCUUCAUUCAAACUUCACAAAAAGAACCCUUUUUUUGCACACCCGCAUGAAAAUUUUCUGUUGUUCAGCUCUGGGUUAUUGUGCUCAAUAUCAUUGAUUCAACUGGCAAGUAAAGUUUCGAUUUUUUGCAGUAUCUGCACAUUUUUGGUUAAUAUCUGGGUAUUAAAGGUUUGUGGUUUUUACCAAGUAAGGUUUAGAGGGUGAAAUCUAGGGAGUUGUGUAGGUUGGUGAGAGAAAAAGCAGUUAUGGUGACUGCUGAGAAUGAGAUUGGUGAGGAUCAGAAGGAGGUUAGUGCUCCCAAGUCUCCAUGGAAGACCCCAACUGUUGAUGGGAAUGGAGGUGAUGUAUCUGUGAUGAUGGGCACUGAGUCUUGGCCAGCUCUCUCUGAUGCUCAAAGACCAAAGUGUCUUGAGACUGUUGCUGCAACAAAACCCGAGGAUGCUCCAGUUUCUGUGGCAAGUGCUGCUGAGAUUGCUCCAAGGCCUCCAUCUAUGCAGAAGUCCAAUGGUUCUGGAAACCUUAACCCAAUGCACAAGGUGCCAUCAUCACGCCAUCAAAAGCCAGGUGGCAAGCGCAACUCAGGUGGUGCUCCUCCUUUUCCCGUUCCAAUGCCUUAUCAUCACCCAUCAAUUCCUCCAUUUUUUCCUGCUAUGGUGCCUCCACCCCACCUUGCUGUUCCUGGGUAUAUUUUCCCUGCUGGUCCAGGACCUUUUCCGAGUGUAGAAAACCCUUUAGUGAAGCCUGUAUCUCAGGCACCAGGACAAGCUUUUGCUCCACCUGCUCAUGCUGUUGAUGCCAAAAAUGUUCAAUCUUCGGUGCAAGGGGAUCCAAAUGCCUAUAUUGCUAACUUUUCUAAUGGAAGACCAAAUAUUCAGGAACAAGGGGACCAUCUAAAUCAUGCUUGGCAUCAUCAAAGACCGUUUCCUUCCAGAGCAAACAUUUCUAUGCAGCAGGGUUUGGGCCCAAGGCCUUUCAUAAGACCUCCAUUUUAUGGUCCCCCUCCUGGGUACAUGGUUGGUCCAAGCUUCCCAGGUCCUGCACCUGUAUGGUGUGUCCCCAUGCCGCCUCCUGGCUCCAUUAGAGGACCCCAUCCUCGGCACUUUGUUCCAUAUCCGGUCAACCCUGCACCUCAGCCACUGCCUCCAGAAACUCUAUCUUUGAGGACUAGCAUUGUUAAACAGAUAGACUAUUAUUUUAGUGAUGGAAAUCUGCAGAAUGACCAUUACCUCAUUUCGUUGAUGGAUGACCAAGGAUGGGUUCCCAUAUCCUCGGUCGCUGAUUUUAAAAGGGUCAAGAGGAUGAGCACAGACAUACCUUUCAUCCUUGAUGCACUUCAGAGCUCUAAUGCUGUGGAAGUGCAGGGUGACAAGAUAAGGAAACGUAAUAAUUGGUCAAAAUGGAUUCGAGUACCCUCAGGAAAUUCAGGAUCAUCAACGGCAGAGAUUCAACAAAGCCAACAUGUAGAGGGUGCUGCCAAUUCUCUUGAAAAUAGUGAUGCUGUUGGAGAUAAGACAAAAAAGACUUCUGAAGCAAAUCUUAAUGAUGGUGAUCAUAAUUCAAUUUUGGCAGAACAUAAUCAGUCAAAUAAGGAUACGUUACAAGUUUCACAUAACAGCCAAGAACUAAAUAAUGAGAGCAAGCAUUCCAGUGAUAAGUCACAUACAGUAACUGGUGAAAGCAUCAAAUUUUGUGAUCUUGACACAACAGAUAAUAAUUUAAGCUGCCACUCACAAGAAACUGAGCCCAAAAUAUUUGAUAAUUAUGAGAUUGGAAACACGGAUGUAUUGACUGAUCUGGAUAUCCGAGACCUCUCCAAUGAUUUUGGCAGUACUUUUAUGCUUGAUGAAGAGAUCGAGCUUGAGCAUAAGAUUGAUCUUUCUUGUAAUAGAAGAAUUGAUGACGAAGAUGAUGAGAUGGCUGUCAUUGAACAGGAUGUUCAGAGACUUGUAAUUGUUACCCAGAAUAGUGAUCCUAAACAAGGAUCUAGAAGUGGUGGUAAAGAAUCAAAAUCCAUUUCCAAUGAACUUGCUUCUACGAUAAACGAUGGGCUUUACUUCUAUGAGCAGGAACUGAAGCAUAGGCGGUCUAAUCGUAGAAAGAAUAAUUGUGAUAAUAGAGAUAGGAACAUGAAAUCUUCAAGCCAUACUUUAGGAGUAUCAAAUAUAAAGGCAGGCGAGAAUAUCAAUGGAAGCUGUGUUGAAGAGUCUGGAGGCAAUAAUUCUCGAAGGAAACAGAAAGUCUUUCACAAGCAGCAAUCUUCCCUUAAGCAGCGGUUUUUCUCAAGCAAUUUUAGAAACCAUGGAACUGGUCGUAACUCUCAUGGAAUCAUAUCUGAAAGCCCGCCUAGUAAUUCAGUUGGAUUUUUCUUCGCUUCUACACCUCCUGAAAAUUAUAGUCUCAAGCCUUCCAAAUUGAGUAGUUCACCACAUGGGUAUCUUUCUGGUAGUCCACCUGUGGGUUCAAUGCCGAAGUCUUUCCCACCGUUUCAGCAUCCAAGUCACCAACUUCUAGAAGAAAAUGGUUUCAAACAACAGAAGUACUUGAAGUAUCAUAAACGAUGCCUGAAUGAUAGAAAGAAACUUGGAAUUGGUUGCAGUGAGGAAAUGAAUACAUUAUACAGGUUCUGGUCCUAUUUUCUUCGAGACAUGUUUGUCCCUUCUAUGUAUAAUGAAUUUAAGAAAUUAGCGAAGGAAGAUGCUGCUGCUAAUUAUAAUUAUGGUAUAGAGUGCCUUUUCAGAUUCUACAGUUAUGGUUUGGAGAAGGAAUUUAGUGAUGAUUUAUACAAGGAUUUUGAACAUCUUACUCUGGAUUUCUACCAGAAAGGCAAUCUGUAUGGCCUGGAAAAAUAUUGGGCAUUUCACCACUAUCGCAAGGUGCGUGACCAUAAAGAACCUUUGACUAAACACCCUGAACUGGAGAGGUUGCUCCGAGAAGAAUAUAGAAGUUUGGAGGAUUUUCGUGCCAAAGAAAAGAAUGUAGUGAAAGAGGACAUGAACUAGGUUGAGUGAUGUGCUCAAACAGUAAAUACAUAAUGGCAGAGAGUUUUGAUGGGAUCACAAUUUUGAUGAGAACUCUAACAACAUAACAUGAGUUGGAAUAGCGGCAUGCAUUUUGGUUUGAAUGGAAAAAGAGGAAGAUUGUUUGUUUGUUCUAUAUUUGGUUGAAUUGAUUUAUGCCUCUGCAAGAGGAUUGCUGAUUGCCAAGCACUUCAAGUUUCUUUGAUGGAUCAUUCUAUAUGGUAUACCAUUGCAUCCUUUCUUUGGUGGUUCUUGUAGACUUAAGGAGGCACCUUUUCUUGUCUCCAAAUGUUGUACAUAAGAUGAUAGACUAGAAGUUGUGAACAUUACAGCAUAAGAAAAAGAGGUUCUUGUUUUAUUUUGGUGGGGGGUGAAAAAGAGGGGGAAAGGGUUGUACUUAUAUCUUGCCAAAUUUGAACAAUAAGAGUGAGAUUCUUCUUACUGUAAUUUGGCGUGCUCAUUUAAUUUAUUUGUUACACUUUCUGUCUCACCAAAUUGGUAUACUUUGAAAAAGGAAAAAGGCUUCUUUUUGGCAAUUAAAGUGGGAGCUUUGUUUUUGGAUGAAUAUUUUUGGGAGAGUAUCUUCAAUUUGUCUC